GGGCGGGGCCUCGCCAGGUUUGGAUCCGUUGCUUUUGGCGGGAAGAAGAUGGCGGCGGCGGCGCCGCCAAAGGAGGAGAAAGAGAAAGGAAGUCGCGCUCCUGCCGCGGCCCCUCAGGGUAAAAUCGGCCGCGAGGAGGUCCUGGACUACGUGGUCAAUCAGUUCCUGCAGGCGCUGGACGCCGGCGGAUGUCGCCUUUUCUCCAAGUGCUACAGCUGCCUCUACAAAGCUCAUCCUGAAUUCACAAAAUGUAUUUAUAAUCAGUUCAUAUCCCAUCUGCAAAAUUCUGUACGGGAAGAGAUCCAGGCCCUCAAGGAGGAAGGGAACCUGCCGUUGCUCCUGGAGUCCCUGGAUAAGCUUGAGAAAGAAGCGAAGGACAAGGAAGGCCCUGCCUGGCGCCCGAGUGGCAUCCCCGAGGAAGAUGUCCGUGGGGUGGUCCUGCCCUACCUUCUGAAGCAGCGCAAAUUCCUCCAAAAAUUCCUGAAGGAAAAGCAGGAGAGCAACUCGCAGCUGGCUGCCGCUGUAGUGGCCGGUCGGCAGAGGAUUGCAGAGCUGCAGGAGCAGAUCUGCCGGCAGAAGGAAGAGUGGCAGGGAAUUGCUAUCGAAGGCCGGAAGAUGAUGGAGACCUUUGAUGAUCUCUCCUGAGAAGACCUGGCUGCUUUUUGGAGGCGAGAAUGUGAGGGAGACCUUAGAGUGAACCUGUGGAUUUUCUGCCAGAUUUCCAGAGCAGCCAAUCUGCGGAAGAGGGCUGCUCCCUCUUGGCUUGACUAUGGGGUGGGAGGCUGAGGGUGGGAUGCAUGUGACUAUGUACUUAUUUUUAUUAAAAUAUUACAGCUCA